UUGGGGGCAGUCUCUCCUCUCUUGGAGGUACAAAGAUUAGAAGGAUUAGCUUGUAAAGUUCAGCCCUUUUCUACUUCCUUUUCCUGUUUCUACCGCUGAUAUUUGGAGUUUUAAACCAAGAAGGAGAAUCACAGCAUGUUUUCUCUGAGUUUCUGGGCUUCAUCUCUGCUGACUAUACUCCACAUCUGCGAUUACGUUGACACUCAAGACCAGGCCGUAGAGCAGCCCUUAAAGUAUGUGACAGCAGCCAUUGGAGAUUCAGCAGUACUGCCUUGUAGAGUGAAAGAGAACCUCCCCAUUGGGCCGGUGAAGUGGUUUAAGGGGACCAAGCCUAAUAGGCAGUUUAUCUUCAGUGACAAAGCAUCAAGCCCCCGGAUCCACAAGAUAAAUAACACAAACUUUGUCUGGGACAUCUGCAUACACAACAUUACUGACCAGGAUGCAGGAAUGUACUACUGUGUCAAAUUCAGGAAAGCGCCUGAGGAAGAAUAUCAAUCUGGGAGUGGUACCUUCCUCAGCAUAGCCGGAAGCCUAGAUUCAUCAUCAUCAUCAUCAUCAUCAUCAUCAGUUGUCCUCACAGCUGCCAUAGCUGUGUCUCUGGCCCUAAUCCUCAUUCUUUUAGUCCUCUGCUACUACUUCAAGAGGUCAAAAGGUCCAAGCCCAUGUUUGGCCAGGCUAAAAACCUCAAAGACGAAUCAGUCACAGAAAGAGCCCGCCAAGAACAGAGAGAUCGUAUAUGCGGACCUUCACAUUAGGAAAGACCACCGGCCGAGGAGCCCGGCCCCGGAGCCUGGUCUCCAUUCCGAGUAUGCGACCAUUCACAUCCAGUAACUGGGCGCAGCGGACACGGCCCCAAGGACAGAAAGAACGGCUCCCAGGAAAUCCUGAGGACUCUCCGGCUCCAGUCAGAAAGCUGGUGAUUCUUUCAGCAACCUGAAAAUAAAGCCGCGCGAUCCGGGAGCACUAGGACACUCUGUGUACCAGGCCCAGUUUCUGGGCAAUGUAAUAUCAAGCGACUCCCUCCCCUUGUCUGGUCCCAAUUUCCUCGUCUGUAAAAUGGGAUAAUAACUCCUCAGUUUCUUAGCUCACAAAGCUUAAAUGAGAUAACAAGAAUCCUUUGUUAUCUACAAAACCCUAUCUCGCUACUGGCUCUCCCUUCUGGAAAAAGCUGUAUUAGUGCUGACCUGGGAGUAGCUCCUCAACUUCCAGCAGGCACUGAAUAUGAUGUUCCCCCGAUUUAAUUGGAGUACCAGAUCUCCUCAGAUCUUUUGGCCCUGGACUGGAACAGUGGUAUCCAGUUUGCCACUAAGCCAUACAGAAGGAUCCCUGCUGGCUGCAUAUUUACUUAGUUUUAAAAUGUAAUGUUAUCUUUGUUUUAUUGUAUUUUUAUUUAGUUGGUUAAAUAUUUCACAAUUACAUUUUUCAUCUGCUUCAGUUCACCCUAGGAGGUGAAACCUCUGGCUUAGGUCCCUAAAAUGACACAAAAAAUACUCUCGGGUUUUGCUCUAGGAAGAAAAAUGCUUGGUAGAGAUCGGCAGAAUAGAGACAAGAGGGGAAUUCUUGGCUCAAUAAUGAAUUUGCCAGUCUAGCACCCGGUUGAACUAUUGAGCACAAAUGAUCCAUAGGCCAACAGGGGAAUCCCUAGGCAACAUACAAAACUAUCAAUAAUAAAUUCUACAUGGAAACAAUUGAGUCUUUAACAACAAUCCCAAAUAUAUAAAACAACCAGAGGCAGUCUGGUAUAGUGGAUAGAAAGCUAAUUCCAAAGCUAGAAAAAUAUGGAUUCAAGUCCCAUCUCCACCACAUAUUUGGCUGUGUCUUUUAAUUCUCUAGGAGAAUACAAUCAUUAGUCAAUAAAUAAGUAUUUAUUGAGUGUCUAUUGGGUGCCCAGCUUUGUAGAGGAUAAAGGAAAAGAAAAGACAUGGUCGCCUGACUUCUGAGUAAUUCUGGACAUUCCUCUAAAACUAUUAUCACCUUUAUUUAUUACAAUUAUUUUCUUUUUUUCUCAACAGUAUUUUACUUUUCCAAUUAUAUGUGAAGAUAGUUUACAAUAUUCAUUUUUGCCAGAUUUGGGGUUCCAUUUUUUCUUCCUCCCCAAGAAAACAAGCAAUCUGAUAUAGGUUAUGCAUAUACAAUCAAAUUAAACAUAUUUCCAUAUUAGUCAUGUUGUAUCACCAUUAUUUUUAUCUGCUUUAGUCAAGGGAACUCCCCCCAAGAACACAAUCAUAUGGCCUGUUUAAAAAAUAAAGAAAGAAACAACAUAAGGAAUCCCACAGACUGGCACUAGGUUACUUUUCUUAAGUCCAGGUGGGCAUUCCUGGAUGGCAUCCACAGUGGGCAUGAGGAGUUGGGGAAGAAAGUGAGAGCAGGGAAGAACUACAAAGCCAGAUCUCUGCUAAUCAGGACUGGUCAGAUCAUCAGCUUUAGGUCAGCAAGCAAGGCCAGAAGGGAGUCCCAUAGCUCCCCUGGGGGGGAAGAAAAAUAGAAGAAUUAUCAGACCCUUCAGAGCUGCAAGGUCAAAGAGAAGUAGCAGGAGGGAAGGUCAGACUCUAGAACCUGCUAGGUUCCAUCGCUCUAGUCUGGUCCUCAUAUAGUGCCAUUGGAAGUUCUUCCAGCAGACAGCAGGUCAGAAGGGAGAGUGACCCCCAUUUAAUGAACAGAACUAUCUCCCUCCCCAUGGACCCCUGAGGUAUCCAUGAUAGAUUUCCGGAGGCCUGUAAAUUUAGAUAAGAAAAAGAAUCCUAUGUCUUUAUUUCACUAUAACUGGUUUCCUUUAUAAUCCUACAUAUUUUAUUUUAUGCAUUUUAAAACUGUUAUUCUGAGGAAUCUUGCAUACCUAAAAUCAAAUGCAUUAGGAUUAUAAAGCAAAACAGUUUGAGGGAUCCAUAGGCUUCACCAAACACUAUCAAAAGCAUCCUUAACCCAAAAAAUGAUUAAGAAUCCCUGGGCUAUCAUCUUGAAUCAAGAUAAUCCUGCCCUGUGUCUCUGCUAGAAAGGCGUCCCCUGAAUCGGUGACCCAUGAAGAAAUAUUCCUGCACUGACCAGGUAGGAGAAAGACAGGCUCUUUACUGCUUCCCUCCCUGUUUACCCAGCCAGAUGGGGCUAACUAUGACAUGAAAAGGGACAGUGGAACCAAGGACACCUAGGAACACUCCCCAUUUGUGAAUCAUUGAUAUCCAUCAUCAGGCCCACCUUGGUACCAAAUGUAAAAGGGGAUUAGGGAUGGGGAGGCUAACACAAGUGUCCUUAGCCCAAGGACAGAAACCUUCCCUGGACAGGGAAGUAGCCAUGAUGCCUUCCCAAGGAAAUUGCUUUUUAAGAGAGAUCAAGGAGGAUUUCAAAGGAAUAACUUGAUAAUAGUGCAAUGAAGCAUAGUAAAAAUAUCACAGAUUUUGAGUUCAAAAUCCUUUUCUGAUGCUACUUAAGUAAUGUUAGAAAAAAAUCACUUUCUGGGUCUCAGUUUUUUCAACUAUAAAAUGGGAUUCAGAUGAACUAAUUGGCCUCUGAAAUCCCUUUCAGUUCCAAAUCUAUGAUCCCAUAAAUAGGCCCUGGAGUUUCUUUUCAUCUUCUAUGAGGGCAAGAGACUUUAAACAUUUUUCUUGACCCACUCACUGGCUACUCAAAGGAGGGUUUUAUUAUUAAAUAAUAAUCUACUAGAAAGAAAUGCCUUAUUUCCAUGUUUCUGGGAUCUAGACAUACUUUUUACUUUCAAAGGGCAAUUUGUUAGUACAUGUGAUAAAAAAAAAAAAAAUCGGGGGACAGGACCAAUCCUUGUAUGAAAACUCCAUUCAUAUGGAUCAGUCAAGCAAUAAAUAUUAAUUUUUGUAUCAGGUA